UUCGACCAUCGUCUAACCAACGGAAAAGUCAACAACAACAACAACAUGAGUCGUUCAAAUUUGUUGAGCUUGUGUCUGGUGCUGGGCGUGUUGGCCGCCGUAGCAAACGCCGAGGCCGCCGCAGUGCCGAGCGCACCCCGUGACAAGCGGCAGAUUCUCGGCGCUAUUCUGGGCAGUCUGUUGGGAGGAGGAGGACACGGUCACGGCGGACACGGCGGUGAACAUCACGGCGGAGGACACGGGUAUGAAGGUGGUCACGGGGGUGGGCACGGAUAUGAAGGUGGUCAUGGGCACGGAGGGUAUGGUGGACAUGGGCACGGAGGUGGGCACGGAUAUGAAGGACAUGGGCACGGAGGAUAUGGUGGAUACGGUGGACACUAUGGUGGAUACAACCAAGGAUACUACGGCGGCGGACAUCAUCAUCACUGAUCAUCACUCCCACGAAAUCCCAUUAAUUCUACUGUUCAAAAUUCCCAUUUCAUUUUUCCCAUAGUCGCCAAUUAUGACUUUAAUCGCCUGUCCCGUUUAUACUCAGCACAAUUUCACCGCAAUGUGAUACCGAACGCAACAAUGUCUGAUAUUAAAAACUAUGCAAACGCACAUUGACCAAAUAAAUCAAAACAUUAUCACAUUUCUCCUAGCUCGGAUUUAUAUUUCACUGUCUAUUGUUUCAUUGAAUUGGGUUGGCUAUUCUUUACAACGGACCUUAUAAAAGGUAGUCAACACAUAACGUCGUCAACUGGAGCUUUGCGGCCGGAAGCAUCCAGCAAUCAGAUUUUGCUAUGAGAUCACCUUACUCUCAGUUUUUUCAAUGGAAUUGGGACUUACAGAAACUUGAAUGCGUUUUAUAUUUGACCGUGUCCAUUUCAGAUUUUAAAGUUGCGAUAUCAGAUGAAUUAGCCAAUCUUUUUUCAAGAAUUAUGAAGUCAUUUCUGUAUAAUAUUACAACUACUACGCCUUCGCUUUGGGGGUGUCAUAUUGGCGUACGUUGAAAUCGGCUUUUUUAUUUCCCUUAACUAACAUUAAACGCCGGAUUAAUCCAGUAGAAACCAGUUCAAACCAAAUAAAUCCUGAAAUAGCACAAGUGAACCGUAAUCGGAUGUCGCUCUUGGGUGGCCAACUGAUCGAAUUCAAUUGCGCAAAUUAAUCCAAAGUCACGUUCGAGAUAUUUGAUGAUGGGAUCAUUUUAUUCGCAAUCGUGUUCUUGCACAGGUUUAGUUGACGCGACUAUAAUUUGAAACCAUUAACACCUGUGGAAAUCGAGAUUUCUGGACGUGUCGUUCAAAUGCCAAUAGUCAAUAGCCACGUCAGUCGUAAUGAUUCACAAUGGCCAAUAUUCGACUAUAAAAGCAGCCGUAUUUGCGAGUGAAUGUCACAGAUAUUUUCUGAUCUUCAAACAGUUUAAUACACUCGCUGAAUUCUCAUCAUGAACUUUAAGGUAUUGAGCAUUUUGGCUAUGGUGGCCAUGGUCGUCUUCACGACGACAGCCAAUCCAGCACCGGAGGAACAUGUUUCCGAAAUGGAUGAAGAAUCUGAACACGCUUCGGAGGAUCAUCACGCUGCUGCUGAAAAAUCCGCUGCCGCCCACUCUCACCACGUCAAAAGGGUGAAGGAUGGAAAGAAACAUCACGAGCCCAUCAACAGACGGCCCCGUGAAGCGAAAGCUGCCACCAAGGAGCACAAGAAAGGAGCCAUCGCAACAAAAGAGGGAACCAUCAAAGCCGGAGCCACCGCACCGAUUCAUGUACCACAGGGUGACCCAGCUGUGGGCCUUCAUGCCCCAGUUCGUGUAAAGCCUAGGCAGCCCAAAGUUAUCUGGAAUGCUCCCAAGAAACCCGUUGUCGGCUAGUCCAGCGCUCAAGUUCUUGACAUGUUGUCACCGUCGAACCCGGCCUCCCUUCUCUGACGAUAUCCACUUUUCAUUUGUAUUUCUUUUUGUGUUGAUUCGUGUUAAAAACUAACCAGUUUUGCUAAAUACGACAACAAAUUAAUGCAGAUUA